AUGGGACAUGCGAAGAACGUCGAAACACAAACGGAACAGCAAUUUACCACAACUGACUACGAUAGUGGGAGGUCGAAGGUCUCGGCAGAACAGCCGUCUCAGCGUCGUGGUCGUACCAAUGCGAAUGUGCAAACCAACGAUUUGCUUGAGGCAACCAAAAAGUACUUCGAGGACUACGAUCGCCAGCUCAACGAGCUAACUGAGAAGGCGAAAAGAGCUCAUCGGCGACAGUUUGAAUUCCACGAUGACGAUCCGCUGAGCCGUGAGACAAGGCGACUACAACUGAUGGACGAGUUAGCACGGAGACGAGAAAGAAUGUUUGCCAAUAUCGACUUACCAUCAGAGACAUUGCCCUAUAGAGCCUAUCAUUCUCAAUCUGCACUCGACUCCUCUGACUAUUCAUCGCUUGUUCCCCAUUAUGGAUCUCUUCCGAGGAUUGAUUACCCCUCUCGAAGCAGAAGGUCACCCCUUUCUCGAGAUUUCACUGUGCGCGAGCCAACGACUUCUAGUUAUGCGUACAAUUAUGGCUCUCUGCCGAGGAACUAUGAAAGAUACUUAGGUCACAACUACGGACCGAUCCACGUCGAUUAUGAGCAGUCAUUUGGAGCUCGACCCAGUGGUGCUGCUUCCCAUUCAAUGUUCGACCUGCAUUCCGACAACAUCAUCGAUCCCCGCUAUCGAGUGCCUCCAACGAACAUCCGCUCCAUGAAUUACCUGGACCAAAUGGGUGUCGACCGAACCGAUCCGCUCGCCUACGCCCAACCCUACCUGUCAGGACGCUCGUAUCCAAGUGAUACUACAAAUCUAAACACCGCACAAACUUUCGGAUCGCAACAGGAGGACAUAAUCUCGCGAUACGCCACUUACUUGAACAACCAAUUUCAAAGUGGUUUGCUGAGUCAAAUGGAUCCUUCGAAGAAUCUUUCAUCAAUGCCUUUAUCUGCACCCCCACUCCGAUACGAACAGCCGCUCAGUGACCCCUAUACGGCUCCCUUACCAUCGCUGACCUUCUCAGAACCCGCCACGAUAGGACCACCCAUG